GUUAUAAGUAGCAGUUCACGCCACCCAUCAGAAAGCCAUGGGACUUUCUUGCCCUAUCACAGAUCUUGGAACACCCUUUCAAAAACGUUAAAUAAAGGUGGCCUGGUGGCCUGGAGCUCUCCUCCGCUGGGCGAACCAUGGCUCUGUGCAAGAAGUACCCCACCGACGAUGAAUCAGACCAAAGCAUCAACCAAGAGCAAGGCGUUGGCCGGCCUCCUCUGAGACCGUGAUAUGAUAAAAGGCCCUGCCCCCGCCGAAGGUAAUAUUUGGUAUGCUGUUUUAUAUUGAUUUCCGUUCCAGUCACUCUUCGGGGAGCGGUGAUGGCGGGGCAUAAAACGCCCCUGAAUUCGCGAAGGAUACGGAUCUGUAUACAGGAUGGCCAAAUCGCCUACAGGCGCUCCAACUUUGUUGGGUUCUAAUGAACUUCGCGAGGUCAGCGAGAAGUCAGCACCGAAGCUGCGAACUGCGAAUGAAGUGAUUGUUGCAGUUGGGCUGGCGUUCAGUACCAGUUUCCUUAUUAUGCGGAUUUAUACCAGGGCCCGUAUCAUGAAGAAGUUUGGGUGUGAUGACAUACUUCUAAUAAUGGCCUGGAUAUUUUCGUUGGGGACACAGGCGAUCAUUCUAAAUGCUUAUGCCCAUGCUGGUCUGGGUGUUCAUAUAGACGAGUUACCAGUAUCAACAAUACAAACAUAUGAAAAGUGCGUCCUGGCUACUUCUACUAUUUAUAUUUUCGCUCUGGCGUUUGCCAAACUGGCUUUGCUGGUGCUUUAUUAUCAGCUACUGCAUAUAUUGCCGGUUUGGAGAUAUACUAUCUUCGCAGUGUUUUUCAUCAUUGCUGGUUACAGCAUUGCGCUUGCCCUAGCCCUGAUAUUUGCUUGUCAUCCUAUCCAGAAGGCAUGGGAUAUUUCUGUUACCACAGGUUCCUGUAUCAAUCGUCAGGGCGCCUAUCUAGCAACUGCGUGCACAAACACAGCCAGUGAUAUUGCUUUGAUCAUCAUACCGAUCCCGGCUGUAUGGAACUUGAAGAUGCCGCUUGGUCAAAAAUUGGCAGUCAUUGGCAUGUUCACUAUUGGGUGUCUGACUAUAAUUACAAGCAUUGUCCGCUUGGCAACUCUAUGGCCGUUAGUAACCUCGAAGGACCCGACGUAUGAGCUUGGACUUGCAGGUAUAUUCAUCAACAUUGAGGCCAAUUUCAUAAUUAUGUGUCCCUGCCUUCCCUUCAUACGUCGAUUCUUCCGGUACCACGCUCCUAGGUGGAUCCGUGAUUCUGACAGAAGCCCACAGGGCCAGAGCGACACUUCGGCAGCCUCACAGAACAAGACCAGCACACCUGCUCAUGUUCAGCGUCAGGAUGAUAUUGAGAUGUCUGUAAAUAUGGGGGAUGAAUUGUGA